GACCAUUCAAAUUUACAGGUCAUCUUAUUAUGAGUGGCAUAGUUGGAUCAACUCGUGGGCUUGGGAGCAAGUAUGGGCUUGGUGUCAGUUCUCUGGGAUCAUCCAGCGACGUCGUUCAAAUACGUUUGCAGGGUGAUUCCUAUCCUAGUAGCGAUUCUUUGGGUUUGUCCGGAAUGGAUAUGUUCGGUGGACUAUCUGGUUAUGGUGUUUCUUCCGGUGUACCCUAUUAUGUAGACUCAGUAGGUGGAAGUGUAAGUCUAGGUGGCGGAAUGUUGGGAUUUGACGAUGAACUUGGUCACUCAGGACUAGAUAAUAGUGAACUUGUCCAGUUGUUGGGAGGCAGUCAAGCUAUCGCCCAGCUUUCAGAUAGUCAACUAGAAGAACUUGGUCGUGCACAGUUUACUAUCGUGGAUCCUAGGACUGACAGUGAGCUGGCAAACUGUCCUCUAAGUUUAUCCGUGGAAGAAGAUGAUCGACCUUUAGAUGAAGAUGAGAUCUUGUGUGUAACCAAAGCAAGAUGCCUGGAUCGUGUUCGUGUCCUGUCUGUUCCAGCUUCCGGAUAUACAAGUAUAAAUACUGGUGAUCUUGCCAAAUGCAUCAAUCUGCGUGAAUUAGAUUUGUCAGAGAAUGCAUUACGCGUAUUCCCCAGACGUCUGCAUUUACCGCAGUUAACAAAACUCAGCAUUACAGGGAAUAGAUUUAUACACCUACCGUUGUUUGAACAAUUUCCUAAACUCAUUCGAUUGAAUUUAGACGACAAACUGAAACAAUUAUUAAACCCUCAAAUGUUGGUCUAUUUUUGUCCGAAACUUAAGUAUAUUAAUGGUAUAUAUUUUGAAGAAAUGCUAACCGAUUUCACAGUCCGUAUUAUUCAAGAAGCACGGUCAAUAAUGGAACCUAUUAUAAGAUCAAAAUGGGAAACAGACUUUGCUGAUCAGUAUCCUUUUGUUAAAAAUCGAGAAGAACGUAUGUCAUUGAUUGAAAACAUGAUGGAGCAUAUAAAAGAGCGUAAUCUUCUGGUUGGUGAAGCCUUAAACAAGUAUAAAGAUUUAUUGUUGUUUCGUUGUAUCGAUGAGUUUCUACGAUCCAUGAUAUAUGAUGCCACGGAUAGGGAAUUGUUGCAUGCAGUUAAUUCUCUGGAUACUCCUAAACCAAUUACAGAUGUAGAGAAUUCUACGGAUGUCACUCAUACUACUACGACUACUACUGAUGUUACAAACAAAUUAUUUAUCAAAUCAGGUGAAUCCACCGCUAAUGAGAAUCAUACUUUGACAGAAACCAUCACAAAUAAAAUGACUGAUAACUAUUUGACUGAACCGGUUGAUGAUGGCGCUGCUGCUAACGAUAAUGAUGGGGAUAUUACUGGUGGUGCUAAUAUUACUACUACCACUGCUAUCACCAGUCAACAUGAGAAUAUUGAUUCAUUACAGUUGCGUACAAAACUUUCUGCAUGUGAUUUAGAAUCUGACGACAUACAAGAUGAUGAAGAUGAUGAUGAGGGGGAAGAAAAAGAAGCAGCUGCGCGAGCUGCAAAUGAAUGUGCGCUGUUCGAUGCUACCGACGAAUUGUUAGGUACUCAUUUACCUGAUUUACAAUUAUUAGCUCAAAGUGCUAAUCAAUUGCAAACUACUUUUUUUGUGGAUUCAAUGGGUCGUUUACAUCAACAACAAGUACUUCUCACUCCGAAUGGUGCUUGUCAGUUAGGUUUACAAACUAAUGGACUAUCAAAUUAUCAACUGCAUUUGGGACGGUCAUUACGUCAAGGUCGUUCUAUAGUUAUGACUGUUGUUCGUCCACGUGGUAUCAGUGGACGACCAGUGGCCGAAUUUUUGCCUGGUGAACUGCGUAACAAAGAUUAUGUCAAAGGUUAUAUGGCCUCUGAGAUAUAUAAGAAGGCUGUCAAAGAUACUUUAGGUCAAAAAACAACUCCUAAGAAACGUACUGGUACUGGUAAAAUUCGGAAAUCCGAUCAAAUUAAUACAUCAACAGGGGAACGUCCUUGGCCUGGAUCGACGACAACUAGUACGAUUCCAUUAGGCGAACUGAACACUGAAUUGGGUAAUACAGGAGCACCUACCAAAAGAGUAACUUGUACAUCCAACCAAAUGGCGAGUUCACGAACCGGAUCAAAUCGGCCGAGUAAAGUCGACUUUGAUGUCGGUGAAGACACAGGUGUCGCAACAGGCGGUCUUCCUCCUCGACCAAAGAAACGGAAGUCUAUGGGAAUGCAUAGAAGUUUAAGAGAUCUUUGUUCAGAUACCCCAUUCUCAUCUGAUGCCUAUAACAAUACCACUGCUAAUACAGUUGUUGGCGGUGGUCCUAGAUCUGAUGCAACUCCAAUCGACUACGACCCAUUACAUUUCAUUCGUUGUCAUGCUAAGGACAAUGAUGCAGGAGAUAGUGAAACUAAAGUUUGGCGUUGCCUAUUUGAACCAAAUCCAAUGAGACCCGAUGAAACAACCCACGUAGUUGCAACCUGUGGUGGUGAAUGUGUUUGUCUAAUCAAUUGUGAAACCGGCAAAGUUAUGAAGCGUUUUAAACAUAUGGAAGAGGAAUUUUAUACCAUAGCCUGGACAACUGUUGAAGUUGAAGGCAGUAAACGUACUAAUAUAUUAGCUGCUGCAGGUCGUAUGCAUGAAAUCAGAUUACUUCAUCCAGAACAGUUGGUGUGUUAUGCUGAAAUGAAAGGUCAUACAGAAGAUGUGACAGCUAUGAUAUUUCAUCAAACACAAUCUACAAUUUUAUUCAGUGGAGAUUCUAAAGCAUCUGUAAUCGUUUGGGAUAUUGGAAUUCCAUCUGUUCCAGACUAUAAAACACGUUAUCAACUAUUAAUGCGUCUUCGUUGUCCUAGAUUAGAUGUGAAUCCAGUAUUAAAUCUGGUUUUCCUUCCACAUUAUGCUUAUUUAAUAGCUGGUUGUGAGGAUGGACUGUUUGCAUGGAAAAUAACCGAUCUACGUUUAGAGAAACGAGAACGUGAACCGGAUAUGGAGUUGAAAUUGGACUUUAAUCAUGAAGUUUGUAUUGAUGCUUUAGCUCAGCUAAGCGAUAAUGCAUUAGUUUUAAAAGUAGUGGAGUCUGGUGAAAUUAUGGUGUUCGAUUUUGCAUCUAUUUUGGAACGACGUAAAGGACUUCAGCGUGUUGUCCCAAUUGAGAUGCGAGGUCACUUGUUAUGGCAAAAAACGGAUGAAAUCUAUAUCAAUGUAUCUGUCAGACAAAAUCUAGGCGCUGUCCUAUGCGGUGAUAACGAAGGCUCAAUUUGGAUAUAUGACUUGGAUCCAUACUUGGAUGAUUUGCAUUCUUCUAGUCGUAAACGUUUUCAUGUAAAACCAAUCAAGAUUCUUGAAUGGCCUGAAUGUUCAGUUCAAGGUAAUCGUGAUGAAGAUCAACAAUUGAAAGAAAGUAUUACAUCCGGUUUUCGUAAUCCUGUUGUAAAUUCAGUUGAAAUGAGCUCCGAUGGUUAUUAUCUAGCAGCUGUAACUGAUAACAAUCUUGUAUGUAUAUGGCGAUAUGCUCCACCCCAACAACAACAACAGUACUCUCAAAUAAUCCAACAAACCACAACAUCAUCAUUACAUCAAACUACUCCUAUGCAACAUAAUAGCAAUCAAUUAACAGCUAUCAAUAGUUCUAUUGUUACUGUUCCCAAUGUUGCUAGUAUAAUCAAUGAUGACACAUCAUCGUCAACGAUAGCAUGCAUGGAACUUUUAAACAAUACUACUAAUAAUAAUUCAUCAAUUGCUUUAAAAUCAAAUGCCAUAGAACUUGUUACUACCGGUCAACAUUUAUUAGAAUAAAUAUCGUUAUCAUUAUAAUGAUAAUGUUAUACGAUUUGUCUUGUAUUUUUGUUAUUACUGUAUCAUGAUUUAUGUAGAUGUUCUCUCCUCUCUCUCUCCCAUAUAUAUAUAUAUAUACAAUAUAUAUAUAUAUAAUUUUGUAUAGAACUCAGUUAUUGACUUCUAGGCGCCGGAAAUAUCCUAUACAAAUACAAGGCGUCUUUAGUUUUUGAUUUUUACUCAUUCAAUUAUCACUUUCGUUCCUGUCUUCAUAUUUUUUACUAUUAUCCACCAUGUCAUAUUUGUUCACAUCUAUAGUUACUUCGAAGAAUCAUGCUUCAUUUAUUCUAUUCAUGUGCCUACAUGUUUCAAAUACUUGUAAACACCAAGUUAGUUACAUUGUUAUCAGAAAGAUGAAGGUGGUAUCACUGUCUCCUUCCGUCUCCCCUUCACUCCAAUUUUUCGUUAUUUUUGUACCUUCUUUCCGGUUUUUGUAAUCCAUAGUGUGUUGUCUGCAUGAAGUAUCUCUCUUUGAUAUUCUCACUUUAAUUUUUACCUAAACAGUAUCGAUAAAGUGUCAUUUGCUAUCAUUAUUACCAUAUAAAAGUAACAUUAUUAUUAUUAUUAUUAUUAUUAUUAUUAUUAUUAUUAUUAUUAUUAUUAUUA